GGUUGAGCAGCUGGGCCCCACAAGUGCUGAACAAUGGCCCCAAGUCUAAUUGUAGGCCAGGAGCCAAUGCUGAAGCCCAAGGCAAGGGACACGCCAGUACCUGGAAGGAGAUGGUCCUUCUCCUCUGCUGUUUCCUGCUCUGGGCUCCCCAGUGCAAGCCAGAGGUGGCCAUAUUGAAGAGAACAUCCAAUCCCAGUGCCCAGCCACUUUCCGUUGGGAUCAGUUGGAGCCAACAGCCACCAGAGUCAGCAGCACAGAGCUGGGAAGAGGCAGGGGCUCGCCGAGCAGAGCUGCACCAGCAACAGCAAGAACAGCAGCAGCAGGACCUGCUUCCCCUCUCUUGUCACCAGCUGCACCACAUCCUUGGUGCCCUGCCAGGGCCCUCCUCUCCUGGGCUGGAUGGGCCAGGCCAGCUGCUGCUUUAGCUCCAGGGAGGCUGAGGUGCUGCUGAGCGCAGAUGUGCAGCUGACCCGGGGCCGCAAGAGGAGCAAGAGACGCCUUCUCCUCUUCCAGGAGGAACUGGUGGUGGCCAAGUUGCAAGGUGGCACCACCCUGCGCCCGCAGCUCUGCCUGGCCCUGGACCAGCUGUGGGUGUUCAGCUGCGGGAAGGAGGAGGUGCGGGAGCAAGAAGAGAAGGAGGGAGGCAGCAAGGAGGACGGGACCUCCCUCCUCUUCAGCUGGCCCAGGGGCUCCUGCAUUGUGGAUUUUGGGUCCCAGGAGCUGAAGGAGCUGUGGCUGGGCACGCUGCGGGGGACACCAGAAGGAGCCAGAGGAGGUCGAGUGAACCUCCUGCCAUCAGUCCAACUCCUGGAGAAGGAGCUGAGCCACCACCAUGCUUGGAAGACACUGAGUGCCAGGAGCCUAGAAAUGCUGGUGGAGGGCCAGGCAGAAGCUGAUCCCAAGCAAGGACAUGCACCAGGCCCACCAAGCAACGGCAGGGGACUUUGCCAUGCACUAGGUGAGUUUUGGAAAGAAAGGCAACCUCCUGCAAGUGACUGAGCUGCUCUCACUUGUCGUUUGAGUGUCGCCAUGCAGGUUGGGCAGCCCAAAGGUGGAUGUCACCUGGAGGAGGAAGGACACCUGCUGGGCAGCGGCCACUGAACAUGCUUCUGCAGGGACAUGGAGCCUCUGCAGGGACAUGGAGCCUCUGCUGCUGCCCACAGCUUGCAAGAGGGCAGGGCGAGGGCUGGGCCAGGCUGUCCUGCUAUCCCCCUGGCUCACAGAAGCCUCCCAGCCAGAGUGGUGGCUGCAGCUGCUGGCUCCCUGCCCAUCCUGCCACACAGCUCAGCACUGCGCUGCAGGCAGGGCAGGGCCAGGCAGGAGAGGCUCUGGGAGCGCUGGCCUGGCUGUCUCCAUUGAGGGGCUCCUGCUCUCUUUUCCUUUGCAGCAGGAGGGAGCAGCAGCAGGAGGAAGGG